AUGCCAUUGAAUACGGUGGCACUGGGUGCAGCCCUCACGCCUACUGUCGUUGCGACCCUGUUCUCGCAUUUUCUGCAUCGGAAAUCUCGACAGUCCAAGCCUACCGUUCACAUCUCCUACGACGAAGGCAUUCAGAUCAUCCGCGAAUUUCUUACCUAUGCCUCUAAGCAUCCCGUCGAAGAUCUCCAAGCCUUCACAGCUCAGCGAGUGCCUGCGCCACAUUGGGUGAAGACGGAUAAAGUCACAAUUUCAGAAAAUCACUUGUCCUCGGCUGCCACUACGAUUAUUAACCAACUUGGUUCCAAAGGGGUAUCCCGAGUCGGUGGAGAGAAAUGGUGGCAAUGGAGAGGGCCAUCGGACGGCCUCAAGGGGGAAUGGAUCGAGAUGAAAAAGGACUACAAUGAGAGGAAGCGCGCAAAGGGUGACUAUCCGAGCCAGAAACGAAUCAUGCUGUAUAUUCACGGCGGCGCAUACUUCUUCGGCACGGAAUAUCGUCUAGCACCACAGUUUCCAUUCCCUUGCGCUUUGCAGGACUGUCUUGCUGCGUACCUUUAUCUCCUGGAUGAGCAUGACCCAAAAAACAUUAUUUUUGCUGGGGACUCCGCUGGGGGUGGCAUGGUACUUUCUAUUUUGGUCAUUCUCCGCGAUCAAGGACUACCUUUACCCGCAGGAGCGAUUCUGAUCUCUCCUUGGGUCGACCUAACCCAUUCAUUCCCAAGCGUGGUAUCAGAUUGCCCAGGGGACUACAUUCCUCCGAAUGGUUUUCGACACAAGCCCUCCGCAGCCUGGCCGCCUCCGAACGCCGAUGAGAUUGAGGCCAUGAGGAAAAGCGCCGGGAAGAGUUCCUCGAAAAGCGUCGUGGAGCAAAUCCUGUUGAACAAAAAUAGCGAGGCCCAUGAGACCGCGGUGAAGGGCUAUUCAGUUGAGCAGGGCGGGCCGGAGGCUAUGGAGCCUGCUUUUCCAGGCACACAGGCUACUAUACAUGACGGGUGCGGCAACAUCAAAAUUCCUAUUGAAGGGAAGACAAUCGAGUUGAAAGAUCAGAUUCAAAUGUAUGUAACGAAUCAGCUCAUAUCUCACCCUUUGGUCUCCCCGGUCCUUCAACCUUCACUUGGCGGUCUACCUCCGCUCCAGAUUCUUGUCGGGGGAGGUGAACGAUUGCGAGAUGAGCAGUUUUACCUUGCGCACAAGGCCGCGAAUCCGACAGCAUAUUCACCCAGCAAUGCCUUCCUUGAUCAGUAUGACCCCACGCGAGAGAUACUGCACAAAUAUCCGGGCACUUAUGUGCAGCUUCAAGUAUGGGAUGAUCUCUGUCACGUCACACCGGCUCUAAGCUUCACGCGCCCCGCAAAAUACAUGUAUCGCUCGAUUGCUCAAUUCGGGGCAUGGGCUCUUGCAUGUGCGCAGACAUCUGGGAUUGAUAUUAUUGACGAUGAUGAGAUCUCACCCAUCUCCUCUACUGAUACCGAUGGCCCCAGCGCAGCCACCAAGGGCGUACAGAAGCAGAAUACGGAUAUUUCAACCGCUUCCGUGGGUAGGGCUGGUGAUCCGCUACCAUCAUUCAGGGACCGCAUGAUACGCCAACGAGUCGAUAAAAGAGGUCAUAUAUAUCCUCUUGAGCCACCAGCAUCCUAUGCUGUUCUUCAGCGCUCAAAGUCUCAUAUCGGCACCAUGAACCCGCACCUUGUCACGAAGUGGAUAAGCAGUAAGCAGGAAUGGGAUAUCAAAUUUGCAAAAGCCAAACUCCGGGUCCAAAGACAACGUUUGAAGGAGCUGGCGCACGGGUUCCAGGAUUUUGAGGGUGAGACUCCUCCUCCAAGCUCAUUGGCUGCAAGAAGGCUUGCUCCUGGCGUCAUACCGGCUGAGAAGGCCCGUAUGGGCCGAAAGAGCUACCCGAUGACUAUGUGGAGUCGAAUUGCUAGCAAACAUGAUGAGCGUACUCUUGAAAGGGAACGCCAACUGGGAGAUCGCUCAAGAAGAAAGAGCGUGGAGUGUGGGCGAGCUGGAGAAUCCAUGGGGAAAGAAAAGCCUGAGAAUCGUAUUGAAUCAUUUCCGACUGAGCAACCCAGUGGAUCGGAUGUACAGAAACAGCCAACAUCCGAUGCUCAAGGACUUGCCCUUGUCGAUGCAGGGAUCACCAGCCAUAAAAUAUCAAAACAGGAGCCGAUUGAUGCUGCUGGAAAUCUUAGCGAGGAUGAGCCCUCUCGUCAAGACACUCUCUCAAUUGGAAAGUCCUCAAACCCCCUGAUCCUCCUGCCAGAAUAUGAAAGUAGGCAGUUCACGCGAGAGAAUGCAAGCACGACAACCCUGCUACAUGCCGCGGGGACUCUUCCCGCAACGUCUGACAACCAACGGCCUGCCUCUCAGGCCGGGUCGGGCACAGUACGAAGUGUCCUCACUGCGGACUUGGAGGAGACUAGUACGAUUGACGACCAGAGGUCUUUGGCCCUCACCACAACCACCGGCUUGGACAACGCAAGUACCCGCGCCGUCCGCAAUUCCAAGGGCGUGGUGAGCUUGAUGAACCACGGGAACUCGACGAAUGAUUCUGUCGAUGCGUUCUCCGCCGCUCGUCGAUCGGGAGAUCUCGAUUCAUUCUACUCGAUCAAUGCAAAUACCGAGGGAGAUGCCUAUUCCUACAUCGGUCGUCCGGAUAUGCCAGACCGGGAUGUCUUCAAGACGGCGGAUGAGUACCAUUGA